AUGCCAGCAGCGCCUGCGAGCACCCUGGGCCCUCCCGCGUACCCGGGAGCCCGGAGGGGCGGCGCGCGCAGCAGCGUCCCGCAGAAGCUGGCGGAGGCGCUGAGCAGCCAGUAUGGGCUGAACGUAUUUGUGGCGGGGCUGCUGUUCCUGCUGGCCUGGGCCGUGCAUGCGGCGGGCAUGGGCAAGCGCGACCUGCUGGGCCUGCUCACCGCGCUCAUGCUGCUGCAGCUGUUCUGGAUGCUGUGGUACAUGGGCCGCAGCUACGCGCAGCGCCGCCUCAUCCGGCCCAAGGACGCGCACGCCGGCGCGCGUUGGCUCCGCGUGUCCUGGGUGGACACCGCAGUCCUGAGGCUCCUCAGCCCCUCUACCGGCUACCCGCGGAGCUGUGUGCGGCUGUUCUCUGUCCUGGAACCGCUGCUGCAGGGCCUGGUCCAAGUUUCUGUGACCAUCAGGGACACUGCUCCGGAUGGCCCAAAGACCUAUUCUAAAAACUAUUGUUUUAGGGAGGUGUACUUUCUGUGGGGCCACGCAAAGGAUAUUAUCCAGUCUUUUAAAACACUGGAAAGGUUCGGGGUGAUCCACUCGGUGUUCACCAAUCUGCUGCUGUGGGCCAACAGCGUCCUGAACGAGUCCAAGCACCAGCUGAAUGAGCACAAGGAGCGGCUGAUCACACUGGGCUUCGGGAACAUCACAAUAGAGCUGGACGACCACUCUCCUCCAUGCAACUGCUCGCCCCCGCGUCUGUGCGCCGCCCUGGCGCAAGGCAUGUACUACCUCUACCCGUUCACCAUCGAGUACCAGAUCCUGGCGUCCACAAUGCUUUUUGUACUCUGGAAAAACAUCGGUCGCAGCGUGGACGGCGUGUCGCCCCGGCGCUCUGGGUUGCGGCUCCGCGGCAUCCUGGCGGGCUCGGCGCUGGGCCUGGGCGCGCUGGCCGCCACCCUGGGCGUGGUGGCCGUGUACCUGGUGCACAUCGGCCGCUCCAAGGCCAAGAGCGAGGCUGCGCUGGCCAUGUUCUACCUCUACGCCAUCGCCCUGCUGCUGCUCAUGGGCGCCGCGGCGCUGCUGGGCGUCGGCAUCUACAGGGUCGAUGAGAAGUCGCUGGACGAGUCCAAAAUCCCCGCGCGCAAGCUGGACUCGGACCUCCUGGUGGGCGCGGCUUCGGGCUCCUGGCUUCUCUCCUGGGGCUCUAUCCUGGCCAUCGCCUGCGCCGAGACCCGGCCGCCCUACACCUGGUACAACCUACCCUACUCGGUGCUGGCGAUCGCGGAGAAGUACAUCCAGAACCUGUUCAUCAUCGAGUCCGCACACCGCGAGCCUGAGGGCCUCCCGGAGGACGUGUGCACCCUGCGCGUGGUCACAGUCUACAACGGGGCUGCCGCCACCGACUCCUCUCGCUGCGGGGACUCAGGGGUGGCCGGGGACACAGCUCCCCAGGAACAGCUUGUGCAGCCAGCCGUCAAGGGAAGUCUGGGUCAGCAGCCGGACCUUGGCAGAGAGGAGCAGACGGAGGCGAGGAGAGGGAAAGGGGUCUGGAGCUCGGCCCGCCGGACCCCCUGCUUUCGGGGCAGCGCCAAGAGAAAAGUCCUCAGGAACAUCACAGCGUUUCUGUUCCUCUGCAAUAUUUCGCUGUGGAUCCCUCCUGCCUUUGGCUGCCGUCCCGAGUAUGACAACGGGUUGGAGGAAGUCGUUUUUGGCUUUGAACCCUGGAUAAUUGUGGUCAACCUGGCCAUGCCCUUCUCUAUUUUCUACCGGAUGCAUGCAGCUGCCUCUCUCUUUGAGGUCUAUUGUAAGAUAUAGACGGGGUCCACAGAAGGCAGCCAAGCCGGCUAGCAGGGAGCUCACCGGAGCCUCUGCGCA